AUGAAAAUGGCCAAAGAUGUCGAUCCGGAAGGUGAGCGAACGUUGGCGGUUUUGACCAAGUUGGAUUUGAUGGAUCGUGGCACAAAUGCUUUGGACAUCCUAUCGGGUCAACUCGUGGACGUAAAGUUAGGAAUCGUCGGUGUGGUGAAUCGUUCACAGGCUGAUAUCAUGGCCGAGAAGCCAAUGGACGAAGCCUUACAAGCCGAGGAGGCAUUUUUCCAGAAAGAGUAUCCGAAUUUCGCGAAAACCCAGGGCACACGCUAUUUGUCCGUGAGACUUAAUGUGCUCUUGAUGAAUCACAUUCAUGAAUGUCUGCCAAGUUUGAAAGACCGAGUGGCAUCGCUCAUCAGCCAGUAUGGAGUCAAGUUGAACGUCUACGGAAGGCCGAUCGAGGACAAGAAUCAAGCGCUGCUGAAAAUCCUUACGAGAUUUUCCGCUGCCUAUAGGGCUACGAUUGAGGGUACAACGCGUUAUGUUGAAGCCGAAGAGCUAUGUGGUGGCGCAAGAAUUUGCUAUAUUUUCCACGAGAUCUACAGCAAGUUGAUGAACAGCAUUGAUCCAUUAAAGAAUUUGUUGCCAUCGGCCAUUUUGGCGGCUCUACGAAACGCAACGGGUGCCCGCCCAGCGCUUUUUUGUGCCCGAGGUCGCCUUUGCGUUGCUUGUGAAAAACAAAUCCAACGCUUAGAGGAGCCUUCAUUGAAAUGCGUAGACCUUGUGCACCAGGAGCUUCAGAGACUCGUUUCACAUUGUGGCAAAGAUGUUCAGCAAGAGAUGACUCGUUUUCCGCGUCUUUGCGAAGCGAUCAAGAGAGUUUUGGGUAACAUUCUGAAGAGUCGUCUCAACGAAACCAAAUCUCUGGUGGGAAACUUUCUUGCCGUUGAGGGCGCCUACAUCAACACUCGACAUCCCGAAUUCGCCGACGCGAAACUUAUCGAUUUGUUCAAAAAUUCAUUUGUCGAGAAUCUUGACGAACGAAACGAGCAGAAGGAGUUGGUCGCUCGGAAUGAGGCGAGAAAUGCGGCGAUGAGAAAAGAGUUACGAGAUCAGCAAAGGCAGCCCCAACGUGCUCAUCUGCAACAAGGUAAUUUGAACGAAAACACUUUAACAAAAGUGCCGGAGAAACUGGUGAAAGAGGAGCUGACGCCCAACGAACAACGCGAUUGCGAGAUCAUGGAACGUCUCAUCGACAGCUACUUUUCGAUUGUUCGCAAGAACGUUCAGGACCUCGUGCCGAAAACCAUUAUGCACAACAUGGUCGACUAUGUCACUGAGAACCUGCACGCUGAGCUCGUAGGCGCUCUUUACAAUUCGUCAAAGCUUAACGAGUUGCUCGGCGAAAACGAGCGAAUGGCUCAGCAGCGAAAGGAGGCGAUGGCAAUGUUGGAGGCUUUGAAUCAAGCAAAUGAUAUCAUUGGAGAAGUGAGCGAAAGUGAUUUGGUUGAUUAUGAAGUGUUG